AAUGACCGACUUCCUUCUAUCAAGGUCUGAGGAUGUCGAGGACUCAGUGUGUAUCGUGUCGAUCGAAUGCUUGCUGUUGCGUGCCGACAACUGCAAUCCCCCCCUCGGUGGACUGGAAGGCUCGUUCGAAAAAUGUUUCAAAAAACGCGCGCAAUGGAUUGUUUGCGCCACGCGCAUGUUAUAUCAUGCAUGGCAUGCUGGUCAUGAUCCACGUUGUCCUUUUUUCUUUUAUUGUCCGUCACUGGGAACACCAUGUAACUUUCGCUUUCACACCAACAAACAAUGAUUCUGCCUGUGCGUUUUAUACCGUACAUAUACAACGGCUAUUUCUGCUCUUCCUUACCCAACGGCUUGCGAUUUCGAGAACACUCGUACGCCAUGCAAAACUGACCGCCGUUCAUGACAUCUCUGGCGCAUGGGCGGGUCUCGGUUCUGCACUCACUAGUGUCUGGCGACAAACUGACAUCCCCGCUUCAUGGUGGACGACUUCCGCUGUGGCAGCCUACCUUGCGAGCAUAACCGUGCUGCAUGUCACCUCUUCUACUCUCCUACAAUUUCAAACCUUCAAUGCUUCUAUGACGACUUCGGUGCCCACAACACUAGGAUGGCUAGACGAUUCGUCGUAUAGCUAUUUAACAAGACCUAGGACCCAUUACCACAUCCCUACCAGGUUGUCCAACACCACACUCUACGACACCCUCAAAACAACCGCUAUAGCAGUGGAAUGCGACUCCUCGAGUUGCGGCACAGCGAUCGUUCCGUUUGGGCCAGUUGCCACUCGCAUACAUAUAAUUCCAUGGAUGGAAUAUGAGGAUUCUUACGGUGGCGUCUCGAAGCUUCCUGGUGUCUAUCUUAUGGUCUCCACAUUAUUGGGGAUCGACCCUUCAGUACAAGAUGAAGUUGCUGUGAACAUGACUUGGGCUAUCCCUGACAUUGCCACUCCAUACGUCAUCCAGGUCUAUUUCGUAUAUUGCUCGCUGUCAGCGAACACUACAGAUGGGAUAGUCAACAUGCAAACCAACAGCCUACUGAGUCCUACGUCCAUAUCGCAGCCAUCCUCGCAAUGGGAAAUGUAUCAAUUCGGGUGGUCGAAUACUAGUUGGCAAACACAGAUCGGCAGUGCUUUGGCUACCCCGGAUAGCAGCAGCGGGGUUAUAUUUGAUGGUACACCUUCCCAAAUCACUGAACUCUCUGUUGCGGACGAGUAUGUCAUGUCGUUGGUAGGCUUGAAUCUCACUGAGGAAUAUACACAAUUCCGAGAUGGUGCUCCUCCGAUUUCCAAUUUCACGUUGAGACCGGAUGAACUAGAAUUCGCGGUUGCGAGAGCAGCUGCACAACUCAUCUGGCUGGCCGGACAAAUGGGUACAGCCAAUGGAGGAAUUGACCCUGGCAACGGGACAGCCUAUGUUAACGAGCAGUUCAUUGCCCUACGCCUCAACUUGGCUUUCGCAGCGUCUGCAUCGGUGAUAAUGUUGGGACUGGCGCUACAUAUGACAAGAGCAUUUCAUGCAUCGCACGACAGUCAGGCUGCUAUCCCAAACAUAGGUGUGCUGCAACUCUUGUGGUUGGGUCAUCGUUCAGCCUCUAUCAACGAAGUCCUGGAAGAUGUGCAACAUCCGACAGAGGCCAAUCUGCGGCGAGCGGGCAUGAUAGAUGUCUGUCUUACGAAAACAAUAUCUGAUAAAGAAGAGUUUGGGAGUCCAACAGAUAGUCUCUCCUGGUGCAGUCGACUACCAUCAUGA